AUGGUUUCGGGUCUACGUGGUGUGGAAGUUUUCCUCGACGAUAUUCUGGUGCACAGCAAGACUCUCGUGGAUCAUAACCGAAUCAUCCACAUGCUUUUCAACCGUCUGCGUGACUAUGGAUUCCGUCUACGUGUGGAGAAGUGCCGAUUCCACCAGGAUCAAAUCAAGUACCUUGGACAUAUCGUUUCUGCUAAAGGUAUCCAACCCGAUCCAGCCAAGAUUGCAGCCAUUUCGGAAAUGCCCGCACCAACCGACGUUUCCACCUUGCGCUCGUUCUUGGGUGCAGUCAACUUUUACGGCAAAUUCGUCCGCGAGAUGCACCAACUACGCCAUCCGUUAGACAACCUUCUGAAAAAGGACACGAAGUUCGAUUGGAGUAAGGAGCACGCUUUCCAAAACAUCAAAAAAGUGCUACAAUCUGGUCGGUUGCUCACCCACUACAAUCCAGAGCAAGAGAUUAUCGUGGCAGGAGAUGCGUCAAAAACUGGCAUUGGUGCAAACUAUAGCCAAAUCGAAAAAGAAGCGUUGGCAUUGGUUUUUGCUUGCACGAAGUUACAUCGUUUGCUGUGGGGUCGUCGGUUCACGCUUCAAACGGACCAUCAACCAUUGCUGAGAAUUUUCGGAUCCAAAAAGGGCAUUCCUGUACAUACCGCAAAUCGACUCCAUCGAUGGGCCCUGACACUUUUGGGAUACGAUUUCAACAUCGAAUACGUAUCAACUCAAGAUUUCGGUUACGCUGACGUACUUUCCCGGCUUAUCAGCAACCAUCCGAAACCCGACGAAGAAGCAGUCAUUGCUAUGGUUCGAGUCGAAGAUGACGUUAGUUCCUGUUUCCAUGACUCUAUUCAAGAUCUUCCAGUCACCCACGAGAGUCUGAAAAUCGCCACUAAGAAGGAUGCCGUGCUCCAGAAGGUAAUUUCCUACACACAAGGUUCCUGGCCAUCACGGUGCGAAGGUAUCGAAGAUGUAGAAGUUCGAUCUUUCUUCAGCCGUCGAGAUUCCUACUCCGUAAUUGACGACUGUAUCAUGAUGGCGGAUCGAAUUGUAGUUCCCAAAAGCCUGCAGAAAAGGAUUCUCAAGCAAGUUCACCAAGGACAUCCUGGCAUCGAACGGGCAAAAGCUAUCGCUCGUGGAAUCGUUUUUUGGCCGACAAUAGAUGAAGACAUCACCAACUACGUUCGUAGAUGCCCAAGCUGUGUGAAUGCUGCAAAAUCUCCACCACAUGCUCAACCACAACCGUGGCCCCAAGCUGAAGGACCCUGGCAACGACUCCACAUCGAUUUCGCUGGACCUGUGGAUGGAGAAUACUAUUUAAUUGUGGUGGAUUCUUUCUCAAAGUGGCCGGAAAUACUGCAAACUCGUUACCCGACUACUUCCACAACGACUACAUUUCUUCGAGAAUGCUUCGCAAGAUUUGGAAUUCCUACAGUCAUUGUGUCGGACAAUGGAAGCCAGUUCACCAGUGCUGAAUUCCGUGAUUUCUGCGAAGAAUUUGGGAUCGUCCAUUUCCGUACAGCUCCGUAUCAUCCACAAUCAAACGGGCAAGCGGAGAGGUUUGUGGACACCUUGAAGAGAUCGCUGAUGAAAAUUGUCGGCGAAGGAGAGAGGUCAACCCUUACUGCGCUUCAAACGUUCCUGUACGUCUACAGAUCCACUCCAUCAGCGGUUCUGAGUGGACAAUCUCCAACCGAGGUAAUGCUUGGACGCAAGAUGAGGACAACUUUGGACCUGUUACGACCGUCACCCAAACCAAAAUUUCACCCACAACAUCAACCAAUCAAGUUUCAAGAUUACCACUGCUACCAAAUUAGAGGGGGAGAUGCUACCUUGGCUACCAUGACUGUUGAUAGAUAA